UCAAAUUUAUUAUUGAGCGUUUUAACAAAUAUAUAUUGGUGACCCUGAUGGAAAGUGUUAUGGGAAACCUGAGAAGUUUAUUCAUUUCAAAAUGAGAUUGGUCAAUGAGUCAAUGGUCAAAGUAUUAAAAGAGUUGUUGGAAAUCUCCAAGUACGUUUAUUCAAAAAGCGAAUUUCGAACUACAUUUUCAAAAUGAUCCAAAAUAUUCCAAGUAGUGAAUUGAUUCAAAUAUGUGAGGUUCUAGCGGAGCAAGAAAAUCUGCAAGUAACUCUACGGGAAGCGACAAAAGGUGCGAUGAUAGCGGGUUUUGGGGCCUUCGCAGGUGGAUUGCUGGCAGGACCUUUUGGAUUAGCCGUGGGAGGCACCUUGGGAUCCAUAACUGCAGCAUGGCGUUCAAGAGAAAAGUAUAGAUCAGUAGUGGAUAUUUUAAGGAAUGAGUUAACUAGUCAACAACAAGAAAAAUUGGCAACUUCCAUUAAAAAUAUUUUACAGAAUGUCAAACCUGAUGACUGUAUCAAACUUCUCGCUCUUGUAUUAACCAGCACAUCGCUAAAGGAAGCAGUUCUUAAAGAAAUUGGAAAUUUUCUGAUGAAAGAAAUGAGUUUGCAAAUGAUCCGAUGACUAGGAUUCUAUGUGUUCGCAUGAAUGUUUUAUGUUACCCAAGAAGGAUAUUUUGAUUCAAAUGUAAGCUAGAUGAGAGUAUUGUUUAAAUUGAAAGGGAUAUAUUUUCAGAAAAGAUUAAU